CAGCUUUCUCACUUCUGGGACUGUGCUUUCAGGACUUUCUCCUCCAAGAUCACUGGCCAGGAGCAGGCUGGGCCUUGGGCUGUGAGCGGGCAGAGGAGAAUGAGCAAGCAUCUGUAUGGUGUUGGGCUGCCAGAUGGCUUUAAACCACCAAAACAACCUAAACAUACAGGCAAAUUCAGAAUACACACACCGGGCUGGAUUUGUCAGUGCCAGAAUACCAGGAGAUCCAUGGGAAGAUGAUGUCUGGCCAUGUAGAAUAUCACAUUGUUGUUGUUACCCGACUGGCUGUCUUCAAGUCAGCGAAGCACAAGCCUGAAGAUGUAGUUCAAUUUAUGGUUUCCAAGAAGUACAGUGAGAUAGAGGAGCUCUACCAGAGACUGGCAGCACGAUAUCCACAGACUUCUCUCCCACUCUUGCCUAGAAAAGUUCUUUUUGUGGGGGAAUCUGACAUCUGUGAACGAAGAGCUAUGUUCAACGACAUCAUGAAAUUCAUCUCAAAAGAUGAGGAUUUAGCAACAAGUCCUGAGUUACUGGAGUUUUUAGGAACAAAAUCUACUAGUGCCACUGACUUCAAGGGUAGAAACAUUCCUGAUGACAAGGAGAAAGAUGAAGAAAAUGAGGCAUUUGAUUUUUUCAAAGAGAAGACAUCUGACCUAAUCUCACAGCUUUCAUCAGUGAAAAAUGCUGGAAAAGGGGAGAUAAAAGAAGAGGAAGAAGAGGAAGAAGAUUUAGACCCUCUUGGUAUAAUCAGAACUAAAAAAACAAAGAAGGCAUCUGCUCCUCCAGCCAAGGAAGAGAAGCCAAAAUCAAACAUUUUUGAAGAAGAAGUAGAUCCAGAUGAAGGACUCUUUGGCCCAGAAAAAGACUUAUCAAUUGGUCCCAGGAAGAAGAUGAAAGACAAUCUCAAAUUAUUUGAAGAUCCAGACCUUGGUGGGGUGGUAAGACUGGGUGACUCACUACUACUGCCAGCUGCUUGUAAGAACAUGGAGUAUGUGGUGACCACAGGUCCUGAGGAAGACACUGAGGAAUUGCUGAGAGUUGAAGAUGAUUUAGAAAAACUCUUGAAAAUAACCUCCAAACCAAAACCUAAGGUACCAUCAAAGCCACCACUGCCUCAGAAGCCAGCAGUUGCCCCUCAAACCACUAAUUCAACUCUGCCGACAAAGCCAAAGGAAAACAGGAUUCAGACAAUGAAUGAAGUGGACAUUCUCCAGUAUAUCCAGGAAAAUGAAUCUAUCAGCACCCAAGAUGCAAGUCUAUUCUGAGCAUACAUGUAUUAAAAAUAUAAUUAUGCCUUCUUGGCCCAAGCUCCCAGUGAACUCAAGUGAUGAUGGCAAGAGAUGACCAGACAUCUGUACUGUCACAGUGCUCAGUUGUGUACCAUGAUGUAGAGAACAGCAAGUUUGGCCAGCAGAGGCUGGACAUGAUGUUUUCAAAAUAGUGCAGUUCCAGUACAAUGUUGCCUUCAUUUUUGGGGGUUUUACAGGAAAUGUGGACAAGAACAUAGCAUUACAGAUUGUCUGCUACUAUUUUAGUAUCAACAUAAUACAGUUUGGGCCAGUUUAAUCCUGACUGAAAAUAAUAAGUGUGUUACACAUAUGACAGCUGUGAAUAAUGUCCAGCGACUGGUUUGAUGCAGGACAGGAUGCUGGUCUUGUCUUUUAGAUACUCUAAUUUAGCUCACUGGAAAUUUAAUUUUCUUUGCAUCUUGUGCAUUUUUAUAGCAGCCCUUUGCUCCUUGGCUGGGAUUUCAGUAUUUUCUAACCUGUAACUGGUAGGUAUAGGCAGCAGUUCCUCAGUAGCUCAGAGAAACACUGAAAUCCCAGCUAUCCUGGCAGUCUACUGCAUUUGUUGUUGCACAAAUGCCAACUUCUAAGAGAACUUGUAGGACUGCGAACACUAGAUGCUAUGCAACUCUGGCCCCUGGGGAGAAUAGCACAUGACUGAUAAUGGCUAAAAGUGCAGCUCCAGAUAUAUGUGGAGGUUGCAGUGUGUAGGAGGUUUGGAUGCAAUAGGAGUCUUGCGAACCUGUUCAAAAUUCAUAAGGGCUAUUUUUUCCAAGUCUUCCUGGGCUUCCACUGUAGUUACUGGGGAGAAAGAGAUUUCUACAGGAGGUGAUUCAGUGCAGGUGUACCAAUGGAGGAGCUCUGAAUUCCUCUCUGGAGUCAUUCUCUCCUCCUCUCUCCCAGAGCUUAAAGAAGCAGCCAUGGUAAUUGAUUCCACUAAGCUAAAAUGAGUUCUUUUGGUAAAACAGUGACCUGUGCAUUAUGAUGGCAAUGGUUAAAACCAGGGAAGACAAACUUUGAAUUAUCCAGAGGAAAAAACAGGUAGAAAAUAUACAGGAGAAAUUCUAAUGUGUAGGAAGAGAAAAAUAUGGUAGAACAGACAUCCUAGACUUUUUCCCCAGCUUAGGUAUUCUGGUUGAACAUGUGAAUUGACUUCUAAUGUGGGUUAAUAUUUGCUCCUAAGUAGAAAGAGAUUGCUGAACUCAUUCCAUGUGUGUUCUAUCCAAGUGUGAAGACAAACUCCACAGGGGGAAAAUAAUAUAAGCCAUAUCACUCUGCCCAAAUUUGCCUUUCUAAUAUAGGACAAAAUAAAUAUAUAUUUUUAAUAAUGAAAUUAUCUUUAUUACUAGUUCUUCUUUUAAGCCAGCAUAAAAUAUGAUAAGGUCUUUAGGUUUGAUUGCCUUAUAAAACAUAACCAUUUGCUCUCAUCUGUGUACAGUAUGUCUCAUUAUAAUAAAAAAACAUUCUAACCUGCA